AAUCCAUUGGUAGGAACAAUUCAAUCAUAACAGCAUUGUUGAGAAAAAUCAACACCAAUCCAAAAACCAUGACUACUGCAUCAAAAAGUGUCUACGAACAACCCCCGACGAACAGAAGCAAACGAAGCAAGCGGAUAAAAAUAACAAAACGGGAAAAUUGCUGCAUCUACGACGCCGCCAUCGCGAUUAACAAAAACUUUGAUGUUUUAGGGUUGGUAGCGAUGCUCAACCCAUCGCCAAGAAGGAGACGGCCAAGGCGACCUAUGCGUCUUAGAAAGUCGUCUAGUAUGCCUUCACAAUCCAAUUCUUGUCCAUGCCUGUUGCCAUUGUCGGCGUCGACAUCGACUUUCUCGGUAUCAACAUCCUCGACUCAAGAAAAGCGAGGCAGUGAUGGUGCCGCCAGACGCGAAAAAGAACAACUCAASAAUUCUGAUUGGUCGGAAUUACUGGCCAUGACUGAUUCCAUGCAUAUCAGGGGAUUACAUCAACACCGGCAAGGUCACAGAAACAGAAGAGGGGCAAUCUCGAUCGUUUCUGCACCGCAUGCAUAAUGGAAAUAUAAUGUAAAAUUACUGACCAUGACUGAUUCCUUAUAUUAAGGGGGUUCCAUAWAUACAUGUAUGGUCACAGAWACAGAAGAGGGGCAAUUUUGAUCAUUUCUGCACCGCAUGCACAAUAGAAGUACAUUUUCCCACACAUUUAGUCACUACUUUAUUCUGACUAACCAUGCAGUAUCCAUUUCUAUAUGGUAUCGAAUCGUUCUACAACAAUUGAGGUCGAUGGACGAUGCAUGCGAUUGCCGAGAUSGCCACUUAAUCGUUCAUCUUCUAUCACUUGGACUUCGCRAUUGAUACAGUAUUGUUGCUAUUAAAAAUUGCGAUUCAAAUUACGCAACUUGGAAUCAAACCUUGAUUUUGUCGUGCGAACUCGUAUUCCACACGUUUUUCCUAUCAAUUUCACAGUGAGACUAGAUCUAAGAUUGCAACUGUGGUUUCUGAACAUUUCCCCCCUACGUUAGAUGUCUGCCUUGUGCUGAUGGCGUGUCAGUGUAAUCGCUGUCGCUUUCUCCGCUCGCACCUCGGCUUUCUCCGCUYAAUCCUCCACUAUCACUUGUCCCCGCCCAGUUACUGCUAUCUUCGUUAUCGUAGUAAUCGUAGCCACCAUUGUCCUUGUCAUAUCCACCAUCGUAGUCAUCGUAGCUGUCGUAUUCACCUUCAACGUCRUCAUCUGCAUAGUUUUCCACCCAGUUGCCGUCUUCGUCGUAGUAUCCAUCACCAUUGUCAUCGGCAUUGUCCCAAUCGUCGUUGUAGUCACCAUCUUCGUACUCACCACUGUUCUGGUUGCUCAGAUACACAUCCCCAGCAUCCUCGUCAUCGUAGUAGUCUUCGCCUUGAUCACGAUCGCGUCUUUUUCUUGGAGGCAGUGCUUCCGGAAAACUCUUGAUCAUGUUGGCAGCCCAGACCCACAUCAUGAGUGCCGUAAGAUUCAAACCGGUUCCACUCGACCAUGUGCACUCCAUUUCGGURCACAUCUCGCUUCCCCAGCUCAAAAAAGUGAGGCACUGGGCGACAAAACAUAUCAUGCAGGUCCAGAACAGGCCGUCAAACAUCGGAAGCUUGAAGGCAACGCAGCAAGUGCACAUGACGAGAGACAUCGCAACCAGUCCUAUCACGACACUCAGGAUAGACAUGGCCAUCCCGGCAUUCCACAUCGCAUCGAAGUAUUCGUCGCGUUCAUCUGCGGUGUACCAAGUGCAUUGCKUCCCGUAUGCGGGUGGUUCUUUGACCUUGAUCUGGCGGCUGAUCCAUCCAAAACCUUCCUUAGGCAAUUCUGGCAUGCCCUCUUCGGGUAUGGGGCGAACAAAGAUAUAAAAACAAGACGUCAUC